AUGGCAGCCCACCGGAAGACACCGGAAGACAUGUAUGACACCGCGCCCCCUGUGGCCGCUCUGGAGAACUGCAGCAGAACAACUUUCACUUUCUGUUCUGCUCCAAAGCAACAGUCCAUGGAGGAGACUCGAACCUGCGACAAAUGCCACAAGGAGGUUGCAGAGGCCAACUUCGCUCUGCAUGAAACCCACUGCAGCCGUUUCUUGUGUGUGUGUCCCGACUGUGAUGAACCGGUUCCCCAAGACCAGCUGAGCCAACACAGAGAGGAGCAGCACAGUCAGGUGAAAUGCUCCAAGUGCCACAAGAAGAUGGAACAAUGUCACCUAUCGGAUCACCAGUCUGAGGAGUGUGCAGAGCGCCUGCGCACGUGUCCGUUCUGCGAGCUGGAGGUGCCGUGGAAGGACCUGCGUGAACACAGUGUGGUCUGUGGGUGUCGCACGGAGCUCUGCGGGGACUGCGGCCGCUACGUCCAGCUGAGGGACCUGCCAGGUCACAGCUCCACCUGCUCAGCCGCCGGCGGAGGACAGGACACAGGUGUAAAGAUGACAGCAGCGAGCCCAGCAGACCUCUCUGACCUGGGUCCAGCGCUCGACGGGCUUCCCUCAGCAGAACCAGAGAGCUGCCACACGCGGACGGGCUCAUUUCCACAUGACCACUUGGACCAGCACGAGGAGCAGCUGAUCACAUGA